CUUGUCCGCAGUCCAAACCCCCUUUCUUCCCGUAUCCCUCGAUUCGAUCGGGGCCGGGCGAUCCCUCCCCCGCUCCGAUCAUGGAAUCGACGGCGGCGUUGGCUGCCGUCUCGGUCGGCGGCUCCGGUCACGGCUACCCGGACUCCGUCGACUCCUCUCCCCGUUCCCGCGGCGGCGACUCGUGGGACGAGCCAUUCACUUCUUCAGCUGCGGCCUCGUCGCGCCUCCGCGUGAUGUGCAGCUACGGCGGCCGCAUCGUCCCCCGCCCCACCGACAACUCCCUCUGCUACCUCGGAGGCGAGACCCGCAUGGUCAUCGUCGACCGCCACUCCUCCCUCGCCGACCUGUCCGCCAAGCUCUCCCGCGACCUCCUCGGCGGCCGCCCUUUCUCCCUCAAGUACCAGCUCCCCAACGAGGACCUCGACUCCCUCAUCUCGGUCACCACCGACGAGGACCUCGAGAACAUGAUCGAAGAGCUCGAUCGCAUCUCUGCUGCCACCGCUGCCCUGGCAUCCUCCAUAGGCGGCGGCUCGGCACGCUCCCCCCGCCUCCGGCUGUUCCUGUUCCCGUCGAUCUCCGAUUCGGCGCCUUCUUCCGCUAUCGGGUCACUCUUGGACGACUCGAAGUCGGAGACUUGGUUCGUGGACGCCCUCAAUAGCGCUAUCGGCGGCAUGGGCGUGGACGCUCUCUCCACCGACUCAGCCUCUGUAAACUGCCUGCUUGGCCUCGAGGACGACUCCUCCGUCCACUCCCGGAGCGGCGGCGGCGGCGGCGGCGGCCACUCGGAGGCCGAGCAGCUCGUCCUCCCCCGCCCCGACUCUUCCGGCAAGCUCGUUCGACAUGGCCAGGACGUCCCCGGUUCGCCGAUGCUCGAUCAGGCUUCCUCCUUCGGGUCCACCUCGUCGGCUCCAUCCCUUUCGAAUCUCCCACCCAUCCCCGUUCCCACCGAUGGUCGUGCUGCCGCCGAGCAACGUAUCAGCGGUAUCGACGACCACUUCGCCCACAUGGGUCUCUCACCCGACUCCGCCACCAGGCCCGACGAGGGUUUCAAAGAGCCAAGAUACGCUCACCACCACCAGCCCCCUCCUCCCAUCCCUCUUCCGACUGCUUCCCCUCCCAGUUCUACCACGUCCCCAAUCGAAAAUCUCAACAGAGACUUCUCAGACGACGACAGGUCAGACCACGGCGGUGUCCUUAGGCCAUCGCAAGCUACAGAACCUACUCAGGUCGAUGCCCCAACACCUGAUCCAGUGUCAAGGCCGACGUACCUGAAUCCAAGCUCUGAUGCUAUGUAUCGUGGUCCAUCACCGGUCAGGGAUGCUUCAGGUUACGUAAUGGCCUCACCGCAGCUAGAGCAACUACAGCAGCAACAAUCCCAUCCCCACCUUAAUCAACAACAGCAACCACAGCUCACCUCGGCGAACCCCCACUACAUCCACCACCACCCGGCGGCAGGUACAGUCGUUCCCAUGCCUUCCUACUACUCUAUUGCGGCCCAUUCGAUGCAGCAAUCGCCACAAACCUAUCAAAUCGAUCCUCAGAUUCCAAUGUACUACAUGCCUGUCCGCCAUACCUCGCCAUACACUUUGGGAACAGUUCAGCCCAAUUUAAUGGAUCCCAAUUAUAUAUCAUCAACCGCUGCGCCGGCUUCCGGAAUCGUGACAAAGCCUGACUUAACGAGCUACUAUAAGACAGCGGCCACAGCACCUGCACCUGCUGCAAUGCAGCCACAGCUAAUCCGUGUAGCCGCCAAUCAAACCCACCCCUAUGCCGGAACAGGGUAUAAUGUGAUACAACAUCCCCACCUGUCUCAGACCCCUGCAACAAUGGCUAACUUUGGUUAUGAAGCUGCCGCGGGUCCUGUCCAUCCCCAGAUGUACUAUUCUCAGGUCUCUUCACAAGCUGCAUUGUCGCCACAGUAUCAGACGGUGAGCUCCACAACUACGAUUCCUGAUGCUGCAGCUCUUGGGGAUUCAAACACAUCCAGAACAUCAUGACCACAAGUCAGAACCCUUCUAAAGAUGAAAAGGGGAGACCUUUAUAUAGAGUUGAAGGGAUGUGGAGUAAGCUCUUGAUAUCUAAGACAGUCUUAUUACGUAUGAACCACGCUGUUUGGAUUAUCUUAUCUUAUGUGUUGUUUAGUGUCGUGUUGCAUGAGCGUCUGUUGUGAUAGGAACAAAGAGUAUAGGUGUCUGCUUUGCAAUUAUCCACUCAAUGGUUUCAGGAUUCGUCCUCAAUUCCUGGCGCCAUAUUAUCUUGCUAUGAGAGCUAAGAACUGUCUUGUUGAUAUGGUAUUGUAUUAGAAUAAAUUUUUAUCGAACUACUUGAUACAAACCUUAGCUCGUUUGAUGUAAACUUUUAUUAGAAUAAUCUCCUGUUUGCUUA